AUGGACCUGCAGAGUGAGGAGCUAAAGCCUCCAAAGGAGGCCUCAGAGGCCCCAGACUGGAAGAGAACCACAGGGUUAGGACAUGAUAGCAAGUCCCCUGAUAAUCUUCAAGACCACCUGAGUGAGCUUCAAAGACUCCAACAGCAACAGCAGCAGCUCUCAGUGUCUGAUCGGCAUGUCUACAAAUACCGUUGCAACCACUGCAGCCUGGCCUUUAAGACGAUGCAAAAGCUCCAGAUACAUUCUCAGUACCAUGCCAUCAGAGCAGCCACUAUGUGCAGCCUUUGUCAGCGCAGCUUCAGGACUUUCCUGGCCCUCAGGAAGCAUUUGGAGAAUGGACACCCAGAACUUAGCGAGGCUGAGGUGCAGCAGCUCAUAGGGAAUCUGCCACUGAAUGGCGAUAUCACUGAGAGCGAAGCCAGGGCCUUGGAGGAAGCUCAGGCCUUUGAUCAUGACUUGGACAAAGAUGAUGAAAUGGACCAGGAAGAAAAACCCAGUCCAACAGGAAGUGACAGCAGCUCUCUGCUAGAUGAAAUGGGAGCAGAACCAAAAAGGACCCUACCAUUUAGGAAAGGGCCCAACUUUACAAUGGAGAAAUUUUUGGACCCUUCUCGACCUUACAAGUGCACAGUGUGUAAGGAGUCCUUCACCCAGAAGAACAUCCUUUUGGUCCACUAUAAUUCAGUUUCCCACCUGCAUAAAUUGAAGAAGGUCCUUCAAGAAGCAUCAAGCCCAGUUCCCCAAGAGACGACCAACAACAUUGACAACAAACCCUUCAAAUGCAACAUAUGCAAUGUUGCGUACAGCCAAAGCUCGACACUUGAAAUUCACAUGAGGUCAGUACUCCACCAGACCAAAGCCAGAACAGCCAAAACUGACUUGAGCAGCAGCAGUGGGAUCACUGGCAGCAGUGGUCCGGCCCCUGCAAAAAGUCCAGGCCCAAGUGCACAAGGGAACAAUAACAAUAUAGAUGCUGCUAGAAGUGGCACACCCUCUUCAAACAAGGAAAACACUGUGGAACCCAAAGAACCCAACAACAGCAGUAACGCAAAACAAACAGCAACUACUGACCAUCUUUCAGCACAGGCAAGUAGCCAUCAGUCAGCACAGUCCUCAGCCCAGCUGCAGCUGCAGCUUCAGCACGAACUCCAGCAACAGGCUGCCUUCUUCCAGCCUCAGUUCCUAAAUCCAGCCUUUUUUCCGCAUUUCCCAAUGACCCCAGAAGCACUGCUGCAGUUUCAACAGCCACAGUUCCUCUUCCCCUUCUACAUUCCAGGAACAGAGUUUAACUUAAGCCCAGAGCUUGCGCUGCACUCAGCAGCAGCUUUUGGAAUGCCUGGCCUUACAGGAUCAUUUCUAGAAGACCUGAAACAGCAGAUGCAGCAGCAACACCAGUUACAACAGGCUCAGGCCCAGCAACAAGCUCAGCAACAACAGCAACAGGCUUCCCAGUCACAGAUUCAACAACAGAAAAACCAGCAACUGCAGAACCACAAACCCAAAAUGGAGUCAAACACUCUGUUGAUUUCAGAAAUACAGAUGUCAAGGGAGGCAGAGGACCACCUAGAAAAACAAGAAAACCGAGCAAAGAUGGAAAAUGCUGGAGAUUCAAUGAAUGAUGGAGGAAAAGAGGGCAAAGACCAUAAAAAGUCAACAUUUCCAGAGCCUUUGAUUCCACCACCCCGUAUUGUGUCAGGAGCGAGGGGUAAUGCAGCCAAAGCUUUGUUAGAGAAUUUUGGUUUUGAGCUGGUCAUUCAGUACAAUGAAAACAGACAAAAAAACCAAAAGAAAAACAAAGAUGGAGUUGAACAAAUGGAGGUGAAUACUGAUAAGCUUGAGUGUGGGAUGUGUGGCAAGUUAUUUUCCAAUAUGCUUAUCCUUAAAAGUCACCAGGAACAUGUGCACAGUCAGUUUUUUCCAUAUGUGGAGCUGGAAAAGUUUGCCCAACAGUACAGAGAGGCCUACGACAAACUGUAUCCAAUAAAUCCAGCUUCACCUGAGACUCCUCCACCACCGCCGCCUCCGCCUCCACCGCCACCUCCUACUGCUCCAGCCCCAGUGACGACUCCACAGCCCGCUUCUGCAUCAAUGACCAAGCCCCAGACCCCAGUACCUUCACCAGUUAAUGUUUCCCAUCCAUCCACACACCAAUCCUCACAUCAGACACAGCAACCCCAGCCACCACCCCCUCCACCACCACCGACUGCACCACCUGCACCACCCCAAGUGCAACUUCCCGUUCCUUUAGAUCUGCCCCUUUUUCCACCUCUAAUGAUGCAGUCUGUCCAGCACCCGGGCCUGCCACCCCAGCUGGCUCUACAACUGCCCACAAUGGACUCUCUGUCAACAGACCUUACACAGCUCUGUCAGCAGCAGUUGGGUCUUGACCCAAACUUCCUCCGACAGUCUCAGUUUAAGCGACCACGCACUCGUAUCACUGAUGAUCAACUUAAGAUUCUGCGUGCAAACUUUGACAUUAACAAUUCGCCCAAUGAGGAGCAAAUUCAGGAGAUGUCCGAGAAGUCUGGCCUGCCCCAAAAGGUCAUAAAGCACUGGUUCCGUAACACCUUAUUUAAAGAGAGGCAACGGAGUAAAGAUUCACCUUACAAUUUUAACAUCCCUCCUAUUACUACAUUAGAGGACAUUCGAAUGGAGCCCCAGCUCAGUGCACACGAGUACUACCGAACCGAGUCAGGUAUGAACAAGAGGUCCUCGCGGACCAGAUUCACUGAUUACCAAUUAAGGGUGCUUCAAGAUUUCUUUGACACUAAUGCCUACCCAAAAGAUGAUGAGAUUGAGCAACUCUCCACUGUACUCAACCUACCAACGCGAGUUAUUGUGGUGUGGUUCCAGAAUGCCCGCCAAAAAGCUCGUAAGAGCUAUGAGAACCAGGCUGAUUCAAAAGACAGUGAGAAAAAGGAGCUAACUAAUGAGCGAUAUAUUAGAACAAGCAACAUGCAGUACCAGUGUAAAAAGUGUAGUAUUGUGUUUCCACGCAUCUUUGACCUUAUCACUCACCAGAAAAAGCUGUGUUACAAAGAUGAAGAUGAAGAAGUUAAUGACGACAACCCCAGUGAUGAAUACACGGAUACCUAUGACCAGGGUCUCUUCAGGACUAGCCAGGGACCUUUGGAGCCAUCCAAACAAUCCCAAACAGGAACAGCCACCAGUUCUGGUUCAAGUUCCCCUGUGAUGGCUUCUCCUCGUGCCACCAUGGGAAAAACCUCCCCCAAGCCAGACAUGGCCACUGAAACAGAAAUUAAACAAGCUGAAACUGCCCCAUCACCAGUGAUCAAGUCUCUCCCAGAGCCAAGACCAUCUAAGGCUUGUACACCUCAGCCACCUCCUCAAAAAGCUCCUCAGCCACAAUUGUCAAGACCCCACUCCCAGCCUCAGGCAGCUGCGGUGCCUUCCAGUCCACUCUCAAUGGCCCUGUCUUCCCUUACAAACAGUCUCCCCCACCAGAUGCUUCAGUACCAGUGUGACCAGUGUAAGAUUGCAUUCCCAACUGUGGAGCUAUGGCAGGAGCACCAGCACAUGCAUUUUUUGGCAGCCCAGAAUCAAUUUCUUCAUUCUCAAUUCCUUGAGCGACCCAUUGAUAUGCCCUAUAUGAUAUUUGACCCCAACAACCCUCUAAUGGCCAGCCAGCUGUUAUCUGGAGGGCUUUCCCAAAUCCCCUCCCAGAGUAGCUCCAGUAUGGGGUCUACAGCAGGGUCUGGGUCAAUGAAGAGAAAACUGGAUGACAAAGAGGAAAAUACUAAUGACAAAGAUGGUGGAAACAGUAGUGAAGAGCAACACCGAGAUAAGCGUUUAAGAACCACUAUCACUCCAGAACAAUUGGAGAUUCUUUAUGACAAAUACCUGCUAGACUCUAAUCCAACAAGGAAGAUGCUUGACCACAUUGCAAGAGAGGUUGGUUUGAAAAAGAGAGUUGUACAGGUCUGGUUCCAAAACACUCGUGCAAGAGAGAGAAAGGGACAGUUUAGGGCUAUAGGGCCCUCCCAGUCUCACAAAAAAUGUCCCUUUUGCAGAGCACUGUUUAAAGCUAAAUCUGCUCUAGAUAGCCACAUACGAUCAAGGCACUGGCAUGAGGCUAAGCAGGCAGGUUUUAGCCUGCCACCAAGCCCCAUGAUGAAUCAAGACAAUGAAAGAGGUGAAAGCCCAAAUAAGUAUAAUUUCUUUGACUACUCCCAGCUGCCUACCAAGACUGAGCCAAAUGAGUAUGAGCUGCCAGCUGCAUCCUCAACUCCAGUCAAACCAUCUGAGGCGCAGGUAAAAAACUUCUUAAGCCCUUCAUCCUUAAAAGCUGAAAACUGUGAUGAAACUGAAGGGCCUACUAAUAAUUCAGCAGAACCAUCAUCCUAUGAUCUCACUAAGAUGGAUUUUGAUGAAACAUCGUCAAUUAACACAGCCAUUAGUGAUGCUACAACUGGAGAUGAGUGUAACAACAAUGAGGUCGAGAGCCUGACUGCCAAUGGAGGGGACAAGCUUACUGACAACAAAAGUGGCAUAAUGCCACAUUCUGAUGGCAGCAAUGAAAGGUUCCAAUUCAGCAUGGUGAGCCCGUCCCUCAGCUUUUCUGGAAAAGACUGUGACUCUUAUUUUAGCUCCAGAGAUGAUGACAUGGAUGAAAACAAUGACCAAAGUGAAUCAUCAAGCCUAGCUGAUCCCAGUUCCCCAAGUCCCUUCGGGACUGGUAUAUCCUUCAGCAAGUCUGGGAAGAUCAGUAAUUCUGGGGAUAGGCCCGGUCACAAGCGAUUCAGGACACAGAUGAGUAACCUGCAACUGAAAGUUCUCAAAGCCUGUUUUAGUGACUAUCGCACUCCGACAAUGCAAGAGUGUGAGAUGCUGGGCAAUGAGAUUGGACUUCCAAAGCGUGUUGUCCAGGUGUGGUUCCAGAAUGCCCGUGCUAAAGAAAAGAAAUUCAAGAUUAACAUUGGAAAGCCAUUCAUGAUAAGUCAAGGCUCACCAGAGGGACCCAGGCCUGAGUGUACGCUGUGCGGUGUAAAGUACACUGCCCGGAUGUCUGUCAGAGACCACAUCUUUUCUAAGCAGCACAUCACCAAAGUGCAAGAAACCCUGGGGAACCAGGUAGAUAGAGAAAAGGACUACCUAGCACCAACCACUGUCCGUCAGCUGAUGGCCCAGCAAGAGCUGGAUCGUAUGAAGAAAGCUGGUGAGGGACUCAGCCUGCCUGGCCAGCAGCAACAGACUUCAGUGGAAAACAAUAAUGCACUUCAUGGCCUCAGCCUACCCUCAGGCUACCCAGGGUUAUCUGGCCUUCCACCAGUGUUACUUCCUGGGGUCAACGGGCCAUCAUCACUUCCUGUUUUCCCACCCAACACACCUGCGUCUCCCGGUGCUGGCAUGCUUGGGUUUCCUACACCAGCCACCCCCUCUCCUGCCAUGUCUCUCAGCACUACCCCAACCAAGACUCUUCUGCAGACUCCUCCUCCACCUCCUCCUCCUCCUCCUCCUCCUGUUCCCUCCACACCUUUGGCAGCAGUAAACCAUACAGAGCAGCAAGGCAAAGACUCAGAGAGAGACAACAGCAAGAAACCAGGGGACAAGCCACCUCAAAUUAAGGUGAAGGACAGAGAGAAUGAGUGCAGCUCACGCCCAGACACCCCCAGCAUGGCCAAAAAAAGGGAGAAACCGUGUCCAGCUCCAGGGAAACCAGGAAGUGAGUCUCCGCUAGAUGCCACACAGCUUCAAGCACUUCAGAAUGCUCUUGCUGCAGGUGAUCCCAGCUCUUUAUUUGGGGGGCAGUUCCUGCCCUACUUUCUUCCUGGAUUCCCCAACUGUUUCUCGCCCCAGCUUCCUAGAGGGGUCCAGACCGGGGGCUAUUUUCCACCACUGUGUGGGAUGGAGAGCCUGUUUCCAUAUGGCCCAGCAGCAGUACCACAAGCUGCCAUGGCAGCUGGUCUCUCCCCGACUGCUCUCCUGCAGCAGUACCAGCAGUACCAGCAGUCCCUGCAGGAUUCACUGCAGAAGCAACAGCAGCAGCAGCAGAAACAACUCGAACAGCACCAGAAACAGCAGCAGCAGCAGCAGCAACAGAAACCAACCCCCGCGAAGACACCUCAGAGCGUACAGAGCACCGCGACUAACUCCUUCAAACCAAAAGAAGCUAUAGAUGCUAAGGAUGACAACAAAAAAGGCUCUUCAACAGAAAGCACAAAAGAAGAACCGAAAACCAAUACUAAAAGUAUAGCGGAUUUUCCUGAUGCGUUUAUCGUACCGUCCGUCAAGCAUGAAUUUAUAUGCAGGAAGUGCCAGAUGGUUUUUGCUGACGAAGAUUCAGUGGUACGUCAUCAGAAGUCCUUCUGUUACUUCGGGCAUCCUUUUACCGACCCGCAAGAGACAGUGCUUCGAAAGGCAGUGAGCAACUACACUUGUGUUGCCUGCAAUGUGGUUGUUAACGGGAAUGAAGCACUUGGCCAACAUCUUCAGUCGAGCUUGCACAAAGAGAAAACAAUCAAACAAGCAAUGAGAAAUGCCAAAGAGCAUACUAGAUUAUUACCUCACUCUGUCUGCUCCCCUACUCCUAACACCACAUCUACCUCGCAGUCUGCAGCUUCUUCUAAUAACACCUUUCCUCAUCUCUCUCGCUUGUCCAUGAAGUCCUGGCCAAAUGUCCUGUUCCAGGCCGCCACAGCCCGGAAAGCUGCUUCCUCCUCCCCGUCUGCCUCUCCCCCUCCCCCCCUCUCCUCACCUUCAACGGUUACCUCAACUUCCUGCAGCACCUCAGGGGUUCCAACCUCACUACCCACCGAGAGUUGUUCAGACGAGUCUGACAAUGAGCUAAGCCAGAAGCUGGAAGACUUAGAUAAUGCGUUGGAAGUCAAGGCUAAGCCGGCCUCUGGCCUAGACGCGAGCUUCAGUAGUAUCAGAAUGGAUAUGUUCAGUGUGUAG